UCAUAAGUCAGUCAGUGAAGAAACAACACGGAACGCAAAGCUCCUGAAUCCUCUUUCGCCCUUUGCAUUUAAUAAUUUCCUAAUCAAAUAACGCUGUAAAUAGUGCGCUGACCAGGAUGCUGAUCAAGGAAUUUCGUGUAACAUUGCCACUUACUGUGGAAGAGUAUCAAGUUGCACAAUUAUAUUCGGUUGCUGAAGUCUCAAAAAAUGAAACUGGCGGCGGAGAAGGCAUAGAAGUGCUCAAGAAUGAACCCUUUGAUAAUUUUCCGUUAUUAGGCGGCAAAUACUCAUCCGGGCAAUACACUUACAAGAUAUACCAUUUGGCAUCUAAGGUUCCCGCAUUUAUUCGGUUGCUAGCACCAAAAGGCUCACUGGAGAUUCACGAGGAAGCAUGGAAUGCCUAUCCUUACUGUCGUACAGUAAUCACGAAUCCUAAAUGGAUGGAAGAUAAAUUCUUCAUCAAUAUCGAAACCUUGCACGUGGAUGAUAUUGGUGAAGGUGAAAAUGUACACGAACUGCCACCAGAGAAACUGAAAAAUCGUGAAGUAGUCCACAUUGACAUCGCUAACGAUCCAGUUUCAUCCUCGGAUUACAAGCCAACGGAAGAUCCAACAAAAUUCAAAUCAGAAAAGACAGGUCGAGGGCCUCUCGUUGGUCCCGAUUGGAAGAAAAAUGUUACCCCGGUAAUGACAUGCUACAAGUUAGUCACGUGCGAGUUCAAGUGGUUCGGUCUUCAAACCAGAAUAGAAAAUUUCAUUCAAAAAUCGGAACGAAGACUGUUUACCGUAUUUCAUCGUCAAGUAUUCUGUUGGAUGGACAAAUGGCACGGUAUGACAAUGGAUGACAUCAGAGCACUCGAGGAUAAGACCAAAGAAGAAUUGGAUAAACAACGUCAAACGGGCGAAGUGAAAGGAAUGCGUGCAGAUUCGGAUUAAUAAGGUUAAAAAAAAACAACCAACCGCAACAUCAAAUCCGAAACACAUUCGUGUAGAAAUAUUAUAAAUAUAUAAAAACAAGAGUAAAAUCUAUAAAAAAAAUUGUAGAAGAAAUUUUAAUUAGGAGAAACAAAUGAUAAGAACAUCAAACUAACACACACUUGCACACAUGCAGUAUAUAAAAAAAAACAAGAUAGAUACAAUGUUAAAUAAUAUUUAAAAUUAAUAAUUGAAUAAUUAAUAAUUAAAUUACAACAACAACAAAGUGAGAUGCUAUUAAAUUAAUUAUUAUAUAAAAAAAUCGGAUUCGGCUGAAAAUGGUUUCUGUUUUAUUAUUAAUAAUUUUUUAACUGAAAAAUCCUUUUAUUUUAUUGAAACAAUUAACUUUCCCAGUCUCAUUAUGCGCCAUUACGCCACAAAGCGGCUUAGUUAAAUAAUGAUAGGUGAUUGUGAUUUUUUUUUUCUGUUCAUAUAAUAAUUAAAUUUUCUGUCCCCAUUUUUAACAAACAAAAAAGUUUUGAGACCAUAAUUACAUAAAAAAAAAUUUUUUUCGUCUUUUCAUGAAAAAUUAAGGAAAAAAAAUAAUUUCUUAUAUUUUUAAUAUAUUGACACGGGUUUUGUUUUGUUCCGCAAAUAAUUAUUUAAUUUAAUUUUUGUAAAUGGCUUAGUUAGCUUUAAAAAAAAUAGUUAAAUUGGUUCAAAUUAUUUAUUUUUUAAAAAUAAAAAAAAAAUAUUUCUCAAUAUUAAUAAUUAUAAAAAAAAAAUAAUAAUGAUGACGAUCAUUUGGACAACUCUUAAUUCAUGGAAUUCUUUUAAGCUUGUCUAUCUAAUAAUAUGUAAUGCGUAAAAAUAAUGUUUAAAUUAAUAGGUCGAGGACGUCGUCUGUUAUUAGGUAUAUAGGAUGAAAAAAAAUAUAAAAUUUAAUUUUUAAGAACAGUCCAAAGACAAAAAGGACUCAAAUUCCUAUUUUUCGUCUUUUUUCAAAUUUAAUUUUUUUUUUCGCUAAAAAAAAAGAAAAAUUACGUACUAUUUUUAUUAUAAAAAAAAAAAUAUUGAAAAGCUAUUUUAUUAUCUUUUAUUAUUAUUAUUAUUAUAUUAUGUUGUAUAUGCUCUAUGUAUGAUUUUGUAUGCCUAAAUAAAAUAUAAAUUUGA